GUGCGGAAAGGGUCGCGCCGCUGGGGCUGCCUCUGCCGCCGCCGCGAUGGUGUCCUGGAUGAUCUCGCGGGCUGUCGUGCUGGUGUUUGGGAUGCUGUAUCCUGCAUAUUACUCAUACAAAGCUGUGAAAACAAAAAAUGUGAAGGAAUAUGUUCGCUGGAUGAUGUAUUGGAUUGUGUUUGCUCUCUAUACAGUAACCGAAACAAUAACUGACCUAACAGUCUCUUGGUUUCCACUGUAUUAUGAACUGAAGAUUGCUUUUGUUAUUUGGCUUCUUUCCCCCUAUACAAGAGGGGCAAGUUUAAUCUACAGAAAACUUCUCCAUCCUCUUCUUUCCUCUAAAGAAAGGGAGAUUGACGAAUACAUUGUGCAAGCCAAAGAGAGAGGCUAUGAGACCAUGGUGAAUUUUGGAAGGCAAGGCUUGAACUUGGCAGCAACUGCUGCAGUGACAGCAGCUGUAAAGAGUCAAGGUGCAAUAACUGAGAAGCUGAGAAGUUUCAGUAUGCAUGACUUGACUACUAUACAAGGAGAUGAGCCAGUGGGACAGAGACCCUAUCAAACACUGCCAGAAACAAAAAAGAAAACCAGAGCCUCUGCAAGUGAAUCUCCAGGUUACAAAAUUCCAUUGGAAAAAAAUCCUGGAGAUGAUAAAACAGAUGAAGAUGUGGAGGGGACGUAUUCAGAAGAUGAGAUGUUUGCUCAGAGAGGCCUUCGAAGGUCUCAAAGCAUGAAAUCUGUGAAAACUAUUAAAGCCCGUAAAGAGAUACGAUAUGGAUCACUGAAAUACAGAGUAAAGAAGAGACCUACGGUGUAUUUUUGAGGGUACUGCACAAUGCCUGCAAGACAAACUGCUGUAUUACAACUACUUGACUUCUGUACAUCAAGUGUUAAAGAUCUGUGUAUAAUUCAUAUAAUGAGUCUAUAUGAACAGAUACGGGAGGACUUGGUUUUAUGAGCCUGUUGGAUAAAGUAUUCCUUUACUUUUCUGUACUUGCUUAUUGUUCAGACAUAAAUCUGGCCAAGUUAUAAUACAGAUUUCAGCACUCAUAAGAAUUAAAUGAGUGACACAAAAUACGCUGGCUUUUUCCAGAGGUGCUAACAGACCCAAAUAAUUGAAGUCCAAUUGAGUUAGCAGAAGCUGUAAGUAUUUGGAACUCAUGAAAUCAAAUCCAGUGUCCCCUAGUAUAUAUGGGAAGACAGGAAUACUUUUUCUGCGCUAUGAUUCCUGAAAAAGCAUAUAUGCAAUUUCAAAAUGCACUGUUUAAAGGACAGUGGCUGAAGGUGGGGAAGGAAAAGGAAAGACCAGAUGUAUCUGGUAUAUCCUUAAGAUCUUCUCUUGUUAUAUUUCCAAGCUUGAUAAACGUGCAUAAGACUAACAGGUGCAAACUGGGGGUAUGUGUAGCACUUUAUGCAAAACUACAUAGUUUUGCACACUUUUACUAAUUCACAGCUGUACAUGUUAUUUUAGUGACUUCUUAGGUAGGUUAGUUUUUUUUUCUCUUGAAUGCCAGCAAUACAUGUAUUUCAUACUCCUUUUUAAAUUUAUCUUGUUUUACUUAAAUAGCAUCUUAGGUGCUGUAGAAACUGCUACUAAUGCUAACAUUAUCAGGUGCCUUUCUGUGUGUUGCAGGGCUGCAGCGUUUUGUCUGUAGCGUUCCCCUCCCUGCCCCCUCUUUAGUUAGAGGCAAUAAGACUUGCAAAGUCAGUUUUUGGUUAAAAUUGUAAGUGAAACUUGUAGCAGUUUCAGUGACAGGCUGCUCAGAUGCCUGCGGUCUAUCAGUUCUGUAACAGAAGUCAUGCUGAUGUGAAGGCAUGUAAUAUAGACUAUUCAGGCCAUAGAUUGUUUUUGCUCUGAAAUACUUUAUAUGAAUAUAUAUGUGUGUGUGUAUAUAUUUAUAGUAUGUACAUUUCAUAUCAUACAUGGGUUCUAAAACCCAUUUUAAAAUUGGCUGUGUAGUACUUUCUGCUGCUGCUGAAGUUAUUACAAAAAUAUUUACAUAUAAAUAGCUUUUUCUAAUUGACUAAGUCAGUCAUGCCAUAACCUAGUGUCCUAUAUCAUAAAUAUUUGCACAGUAAAAUUAAUUUUGGAAUGUCAUUCAAGGCAGGGACUUGUCAAAAUGACUUGAGGUCCCUCUUGAGUAUAUUUUCUGUCUUUCUCAGAUGCAGACUAAUUUUUAGUUUUCUAAACGAUGAUUUCUACUGUGGAUUGGGAGGGGGAAGCCCCCACUUUCUGUAGAUAGCAUUUUACUAUUUCAAUUGGCAAGCAUGGUGCUUCUUUAAAGGAAAAUGGCAUGCGAUUCCUCUUAUCCUUGGAUCUUGGACACUAAUCCUUAGACCUGCCUCUGCAUAUGGCAGUCAUCUGCAAGCCUGCUGCAGUGCUUUUAAAUGUUUUCUUAAGGUUUGGGUGUACCGCAGUUCUUUUUCUGUAUAUUCUUGCAGCUAUAGCAAGUUCACUGCUGGUCAACUCUUAAUGGCCUGUUACUAUGGACUACAGUAGUCUUCUGCAGCCUUUUGAGGGCCAGGGUUUGAAUAGUGUGAAAAUGCAGCUGGUCUGUACUGGCAUCGUGUUACUGACUUGCUAUAGUAGGCAUUUUGUAAGUCAAGUGUAGAGUCAGGGACAAAUUUAACAAUAUAGAUGAUACAGUGCUUUUAGUGUGCCAAGGAAGUUGAACGCUUUAGUAAGAAGUUGCAAUAUUCCAUAUGUCAUUAAAAGGCAAGGCUUGUACUUUUUCUACAAGAGUAACAUACCGGAAGACAGGAAGCCUGCUCUCUCCCAAAUGAAUAUGGUGCAAAAAUGGUAUCCUCUAACCAAACCUGGUUUGUGAUCUAGCUUUGUAAGGAGCUGUUUGUGCAUAUUUGUAUUUGGGAAUUGGCACUGGCUGCUCUCAGAUUACUUUACUAGUCUCACUGUCUGGUAUUUGAAGACACUGGGCAGGACUCAGUGUGUGUGUGUGGUUUUUUUUUUUUUUUUUUUACAGCCCAUUAGAUUUGUACAGUACUACAUUUCUGAUUUAUCUGUCCCUUUGCAUUCUGUACUAAGAUUUAUUCCCUUUUUGAUAGUAAAAUCAACUUGUGCAGAAAUCUGUGGGCUUUGGAAGAGACCUUGAUGGGGAAGGCAGCCUCCAUGGGGUGUGGUUUAUCCCUCGCAUGCCAGGAAUGCUUGUGCUUCCCAUCUUUUCCUCUGAAUGUGGGAAACCUAUAGAUAGGGUAAGAUUGUGUAAUUUGGUAGGUAUGAAGUUAGAAGAUGAGACUUUUGAUCUGCAUCUCCUUGAAAGUUAGAAUAAUUGGGGUUUUGAAUGUUAUCCCUAAUUCCUCAUUCUGCAGUUAAGCAUCCUUCUUAAGCACUUGCUGGUGCACUUUGCACUAACUCAUAAUGUUUGUCUGGCUUUUUUGGUAGGCAUGACAAUAAAACUGAGAGAAUUAUAAUCCUGUAUGAAGGAGCAGGGUGGGUACUUACAGAAUUACACUCCUGUUGCAGGUUCAUGUAGAUGCUCUUCCAGGGGCUGCGUUCCUUGCACGCUUAAGGGGCUCGAGAUCAUUUGAGCAGAAAUUUAGACUUCAGCACAACUGUGGUCAUUAAGUAGCUGUACAUACCAUGUAUGGGAAGCUAUUGCUGCUGACAAACAUGACUUGCUAAUUAAGUAGUGACAAAGGCUAUAUUAACGCUUUUCUAUCAAUACUUUUAAAAUUCAUAGUUGGUUCCACAGUUAAGGUUUUUCAAAUCAGUACAAGGUAUUUAACCACAUCUCUCAACUGAGUAGUAACAAGACAGUUUAAUGAGCCAGCUAGCAACUUUGUGAGCAAUAUUAUUCCAUUUUGAAUACAAAAUGUAGUAGGUCAAAACAUUAAAAAUACUUCAACCUUCACAUCACCUGUUUUAUCACUUAUCUUCUUUAGUAUAUUUUAUAUAGCUUUUUCUCUGAAUCUGUUCCUUUGCUUUUUCUGUUCUAAUGCCACAUUAUACUUGCAGAACUUCUACUAAAUUAUGGUAGGACAUGACUUUCUUGGUUUGGUUUCAUUGCAUGGGAAAUAUUGUCAGAAGUGGCUUGCUGUAAAUUCACUGAACUAAUGAAUAGGUUCUAAUUUGUUUUCCCUCUUCCCCUGUCUAAGAGUUUUACUUCUGGAAAAAUAUACUUUCUUUUUUCCCAAGAUAUGCAUGGAACUAAGAAUGCUGGCAGUAUUAUUCAUGAUAAUUACUGCUUGUAUAUAAAUGUACUCAUGUUCUCUCAACUAUUACUGUCUUAAGCGAUAAAACUUUGUUUUCCUAGCUGUUUUUUUCAGUCUAAUGUCCUACUGUAAAGUCUUUCCCUGACAGCUUGAUUCUUGUUGAAUUUAUCCUGUAACUGGUUCACUCUUAUCUCAGACUUUUUCCUUGCUGUUCACUGUCAACAGAUGCUUGACAAGGCACAAUAACAUGACUUGCUUCAUCCAAAUCCUAUAUUUUUCUCUCUGCUUGUUGGGUUAGCUGAACUUUUAAAAAAUAUUAUGCAGUCUUUUAAACUCUUUGUACAGGGAAUAUUCAAAUUGUUUUGCCUUAGCAGCUGCAAAAGAGAUCUAUAUAGCUCUUGCCAGUAAACUUCUCAAAUCUUAAAGAUAAAAAUUUGACCUUAUUUUGUUUUUUAAUAUAAAAUAGAUUAUGUUAAAUUAUGUAAUCUUAUGAGUAAAGUGUUUUCUGAGGACUGACUGCCACCAGCAGAACUGGUAAUAUAGUUAGAGCAUAACUUCAGUAGAGGUUAAAGGUACUUAGAACACAUUUCUUAUUGAAAUCAUACGACUGCUUCAAGCCUUUCCAAAAUGUCUGAACUGACUCCGAUUUCUUAGCAAGAGCUUGCUGUACACCUCAAAAUACAGUGUAAGACAAGGAUUUAAUUGAUGGUCUCUCAGUUUUAAAUAAAGGCCAGACUGAUUACAAAGUAAUUGCCAAUAUUAGCUACUUAAAGCUAAUUACUUUGCUACCUGAAAGUAACUGAAUAUUAUGCUAGAUGUAUUUUGUGAAUUAUGAAUUUUAAAAUGAGCAGAAAGUUAAUUUGAUUAAAUAGAAUGGUAGAAUAAAUACUAGAUGCAUUUAACAUUUUGUUCAUGACAAAAGAUGCAUUUUACUUUUGGUGUUGCUUUUAUCAAUGGGAGGCUGGUAUUUUUAAGUAUUUUUCUACAGAAAUAUGUAUAUGUAAAAGCAAUACUUCAACAUAUUUUGAGGACUCCUGUUUUAAAUGCUACAGACCAGAGACUGUUUUGAGACUAAAGUUAGUAGCUUUAAAAAAAUACAUUCUAAGCUUUAAUUUUUUUAUACUGUAACAAUAACUUGCUGUCAUCUUGUUUACAUGUUUGUAGGAGGGAAAGCUUCAUUAUGCAUUGACUUACCUUGAUUGUCUUUAAUAAAUGCUGCUUUGAGCAGAA